GUUUUCAAGUUUUGUUGUGCUUUAUGUGAUUAUGUCAGUUGUACACAAGGUCUAGAGAGUGGCUGUUGCAAAUCUGAUGUCACAGACUUAGUGCAGAAAGUUUGAUCUGCGGCAUGGAUGGUAAAAGGAAAAGAGCGUCAGGAACGAGUGUGGCGCCUGUUAUAAUUUGUGCGCUUGCUCUACCCUUGUCAAUGCUUCUGUGGAUUGGAAAUAUUGCCAUUUCGUUCUUCAUGUCCAGCGCGGAGAGCGAUCCAUACAGCGAUGAUGGUCCUGUGAUUCCUCCUACAAGAUGGCUUGCAUCAGUAGUGAUUCCACUGACAGUAGCUGCUUGGGGACUUCGUAGGAAGAGCUUGGACAGAAGUGGUGCUAUAUUGGGAGUAAUAGUUGGAUUUGUGCUGACAUUGACUAGUUACUGCUUCUUAGCAUGCCUGUUUACAUUUUUUGUGACAUCUUCAAAGGCUACAAAAUUCCGUUCUGAGAGGAAACGCAAACUGCAAGAUGAUUUCAAAGAAGGAGGCCAGAGAAAUUGGAUCCAAGUGCUAUGUAAUGGUGGCAUGGCAACACAACUAGCAUUGCUGUACCUUCUGGACUCUGGUUGUGGUGAGAGGCCUGUAGAUUUCCUCAGGGAUUAUCGUUCCUCGUGGCUAAGCCUUGGAGUGUUAGGGGCAUUUGCAUGCUGUAAUGGGGAUACUUGGGCUUCAGAAUUAGGAUCUGUAAUAGGUACUGCUGAACCAUUUCUCAUAACAUCCAGGAAGAAGGUUCCCAGAGGUACCAAUGGAGGCAUUACAAUUGCUGGACUUGUGUGUAGUCUGCUCGGUGGGACUGUUAUUGGCAUAGCCUACUACUUUACUGUCUUGUACACAGUGGAUCCAAGCAUCCUGGAAAAGAGUCCCUCUCAGCUGCCACUAAUUGCUGCAGGGGCUUUUGCUGGAUUAGCUGGAAGUAUUUUUGACUCAAUUUUGGGAGCUGUUUUUCAGUUUUCUGGUCUCGAUGAACGGACUGGAAUUGUGGUGGAACAUCCUGGCCCUGGUGUGAAGCACAUAAGUGGGUAUCAGUUGUUUGAUAACCACAGUGUUAAUCUUAUUUCAAGCAUUGUACUGGGACUUGUUACUCCUCCUGUAGGAAACUGGUUGUGGCCAUGACAGGAAGACAACUUUCCCCGGGCUCGUUUUGAGACUGAGUGAAAGGUGUCAUUGAAUUUGUCAAAGGAUGAAACUGACUUUCUGUGAGAAAGGCAUGGUUAUCAAGAAAAAAGAAGAAAAGAAAUUACAUUACAGAUUUGAAGUGUCUUUAAAAUCUAUCAGAACAAUGAGGAGAAGUCACAAAGGUAUCCAUUCCUAUGCCAUGUCAGCUUCAGAGGAACUGCUGCUUAGCAUUUUGAGUGAUAGUGACCCCAUCCAAGUGGUUAGUAAGAACAUUUGAACUUUGGACCUCUCUUAGUCUCACCUAACUCUUUCAGAAGUUCUUCUAAUUGCUUUUUAGGUCCAGUUUCUCUCCUUCCCAACAUAAUUAUUUUUGAUUACCUUUUCAGUUUUGCAUGUCCCUUGUAGCUAAUCAAGUAUUCAAACUUCAUGAGCAAACACUAACAAAGGCAGACCUUCAUCUCAGGAAACAGAAAAGCCAUUACUAUAUUACUUCAUACUGUCACCAAUUACUAAUGGGUGUCUCCAUGAAUGAUUCAUAUUUGAAGUGUGUAUAAUGUUACAUAACUAUGACAUCAAGUUAUUAAGCAUAUGUUUGACUAUCUUGUAUUAGAAAAAGCCAUUGUACAUUGCAAAAAACUUAAUGAAGUUCUGUGAUUACCUCAAAGUUGGAACACCAAAUUAAAAUCCCAUUCUAAAAAUUAUCCACUUAUUCUGUAAGCAUGUUUACUCUCCUAGUGUUUGUACUGUGCUGUUUUGUAUAUUUGUAUUUGCUGCUUCGAUGAUGUGGUGUUUUUUAGGGACCAGAACUUUUAUAUCAUCCAUUAUUUUUCUUAAUUAUUCUGAAAAACACUAGGUGGUGAUGUGCUCAUCUCAAGUAGAGAAAUGGAAAAUGUAAAAAAAACCUUCAUCAGAUAUUUACACAAUUGAUUAAGAAGGGAGCAUCUACUUUAAAUUUGGUUAUUUCAUUCAUAGCAAAAUGCUGUCAAUAGUGUGUUAAAUUCUGUAACAGCAGAAGAAUGGAAGUGCCUUGUGGUUACCUAUGCUUCAUCACAAGAAAGACAAAAUCCACUUUCUACAGUUUAUACUGGUUUACAAAAGACAUGUGCAAUAGCACAGAAUGAAUUAUCUAGUUUUAUAGGUGAUCAUGUGUACUAAUCAGUUUACUUACUUCAGUGACUAGCUCCAUGCAAAAGAAAUUCAGAGGAAUAAAUGUGAUGGUGGAAUGUGAUUGUAUUCAAAAUAUGUACAAUGUCUUUUGGCAUUCUAAUAGUUUGCUAGUCAUAUCUGUUGUUUUUAAAACUGUGCAGCUAUUUACAUUGUAAUUCUGCUUUUAGUGCACAGAAUUUUGUUUUAA